AUGACCGUGACUCCAUUCUUGCAAUCCGUCGCUUUUGCCAAACGCGGGCCUAGUCACUUCCGUCGCCCAUGGUCACUCCAUCCCUUCGCCUACGCUCACUCCCAUUCCGUCGCCUUUGCGCAAUCCUUCUAUCGCACACGCGAACCCCCGCUCGUCGCACACGGCCUAUUCCCUCCCGUCGCACAGUACCUCCCGCAUCUCCGCCUCACCCAUCUCCGCCGCACCCAUCUCCGCCUCACCCAUCGCCGCCUCACCCAUCUCCGCCUCACCCAUCUCCGCCUCACCCAUCUCCGCCUCACCCUCUCCGCCUCACCCAUCGCCGCCUCACCCUCUCCGCCUCACCCCAGCUCCGUCCGCACGCACUUUCUCUCGUCGCGCGCGACGACUGUCCUUCCGCCGCCCACGCUCUCCCCCUUCGGCCGCAACAUUACUCACCCCCCUCGCUCGGCCACGCGAUAUCCCUCUCGUCGCCCACGCUCACUCCUCCCCGCCGCGCACGCUCUCCCCUCAUCCGUCGCCCACGCUCACUUCCCUUCGUCGCCCACGCUCACCACCUGCCCCUCGCAUUCUCUCAUUCCCCUCCGUCGCCUAUGCUCCCUCCCCAUCCCUUCCCUCCCCAUCCCCGCCUCCCCAUCCGUUCCCUCCCCAUCCCUCACCUCCCAGUCUCUCAUCUUACCAUACCAUACCUCCCCAUCCCUCACCUCCCCAUCCCUCACCUCCCCAUCCCUCACCUCCCCAUCCCUCACCUCCCCAUCCCUCACCUCCCCAUCCCUCACCUCCCCAUCCCUCACCUCCCCAUCCCUCAUCUCCCCAUCCCGCAUCUCCCCAUCCCUCAUCUCCCCAUCCCCCAUCUCCCCUUCCCUCAUCUCCCCAUCCCUCAUCUCCCCAUCCCGCAUCUCCCCAUCCCUCAUCUCCCCAUCCCCCAUCUCCCCUUCCCUCAUCUCCCCAUCCCUCAUCUCCCCAUCCCCCAUCUCCCCUUCCCCAUCUCCCCAAUCUGCCCCACCCCAUUCCGCCCCACCCCAUUCCGCCCCACCCCAUUCCGCCCCAUUCCUUUCCGCCAUGCCCUCUAACUUCCCAUCCCCUUUUCCUCGUUUCUCCAUCCCUCCUUUCCCCAUCCCAUCAUUCCCUCCUCUCCCUCUACCCCCUCCUCUCAUUCCUUACUCUACUCCCUCUCCACUCCCUGUGGGGAGCGGCAGUGGCAGCUUUCCCCCGUCGCACACGCGCACUCCCCUCCGACACGCACGCUCUCUCCCCUCCGUCGCCUACACUCCCUCCCCUCUCGUCGCACACGUGCGCUCUCUCCUCUCCUCCCCGUCCAUCAUCACGCCAUCCCACAUCUCCCCAUCCCUCACCUCCCCGUCCAUCACUUCUCUGGUCUUCCUCUCCCUCUCCCCUCUCCUCUCAUUCCUUACCCUGCUCUCUCUCCUCUCCCUCCUCCCUUUCCACUCGCCCCGCCACUCCUGCCGUGCUUCUCCCUCACCCCAUUCCGCCUCGCCCCAUUCCGCCCCACCCCAUUCCGCCCCAUCCAAUUUCGCCCCACCCCAUUCCGCCCCAUCCCAUUCCGCCUCACCCGCCUCACCCCAUUCCGCCUCACCCCAUUCCGCCCCACCCCAUUCCGCUCCACCCCAUUCCGCCCAAGCCCCCUUGUCGUGCACCCUACUUCCCUCCGUCUCCCCAUCCCUCCUCUCCCUAUCCCUCCUCAUACCAUCCCUCCUCUCCCCGUCCCUCCUCUCCCUAUCCGUCCUCUCCCUAUCCGUCCUCUCCCCAUCCGUCCUCUCCCAAUCCGACCGAUCGAUGCCCCAUCCGUCCUCUCCCCAUCUGAUCGUCUCCCCAUCCAUCCUUCCGCCCUCCCUCACAUCCUUCAUCACUCCCUCCCUUCUUGCUUCCGCCCGCCCGCUCUCACUCUCUUUCCAUUGCCCGCCCUCCCUCCCUCCCGUCAACCACGCUACGUCCCCUUCGUCACUGAUGUGCACUCCCCUUGAACGUGCACGCUCAAUCCCCUCCCGCCCUGUCCUAUCCCCUCACCCCGCCCUGUCCUAUCCCCUCACCCCCCCUGCCCUGUCCACACCCCAUCCCCUCCACACCCCAUCUCCUCCUCACCCCAUCUCCUCCUCACCCCAUCUCCACCACACCCAAUCUCCUCCACACCCCAUCUCCUCCUCACCCCAUCUCCUCCUCACCCCAUCUACUCCUCACCCCAUCUCUUCCAAACCCCAUCUCCUCCACACCCCAUCUCCUCCUCACCCCAUCUCCUCCUCACCCCAUCUCCUCCUCACCCCAUCUCCUCCUCACCCCAUCUCCUUCUCACCCCAUCUCCUCCUCACCCCAUCUCCUCCUCACUCCAUCUCCUCCUCACCCCAACACCUCCUCACUCCGCAUUCCACCAUCUCCACACCACCCCACUCCGCUGCACCCCAUCACAAGAGUGCCCCAUACCGCUUCACCCCAUCUCAAGAGCACCCCAUUCGGCCCCACCCUAUCUCAAGGUCACCCCAUUCCGCCCCACCCCUCAAAAUCCCCCCAUUCCGCCCCACCCACCUCCACCCCACCCCCUCUCCGCCCCACCCCAUCUCUGCCUCCCGCUUGUCUCCCCCAUACCCUCGAUCCUAUUUUCCCCCAAAUCCUUCCCUGUUUCCCCCCUUCCCGUCCCCACACCCCAUUCUGCAGCUGCAUCCAGAAUAG